ACGGCGGCUGCAGCUGCAUCGGCUCACAGACCGAGGCCGGUGUCGGCAAAGCAAGAGUCGGCCCCCAGCUACAAAUAGACGGAAUAGUCUCGUGAUACGUGAUACGAAUGGUUACCUGACGGGGGGAGGGAGGAGGGGGGGGGGGGAAGAAAGUCGCAAAAAUAACAACAAACCCUAUCCCGCCUGGACCAAGUUUUUAUUUUCGUUUUAAGAAAAAAGCCUGUUUGAAAAUCGAGAACUUUAUCAACAACCUGCAAAUUCCGCCCCCUCUUCCUCAGCAACCCCCAUGUUCUUUUUUCCCCACCCCUAGAAACGUCAGAGAGAAGAUGUAAAAAGGUUCGGUCGGUGACCUCAGGAAAGCCCGAGGCUCGGCUUAAGGCCUGGUUGGAUGAAUCCUGAGCUUUUUAACAAUAACACAAAAAAUAAACACACAAGGAAGGAAAGAGAGUGUGAGAGAGAGGAAAAACAGAACAUUAGAAGAGGGGAGAAGGCAGUCCUAUUCAGAAACGAUUAUUGAGAGAGAAAUCGGCUGGUCUCGUUGGUCUCCAUCCUUCCCCAGGACAGAUACAGUGACAGAUGUGCUGUUUCCCUCAUGUCCAUGAUCUGCACACGACACUGCGGCUGUUCGGCCUCGGUGUGGUCAGGCAUAUUGCUUCGGACCCCGUGAUAAACACAACUUGGUGUUGGACGUCAUGAGCAUAGUAAUUCCACUUGGAGUUACCACACCGGAUACUUCAUACUCUGAUAUGGCUGCUGGUUCAGACCCAGAGUCAGUGGAAGCUAGUCCUGCGGUUGCUGAGAAGAACAGCUACGCAAAUCACAACUAUGGAAGUGCACAACAUCAUGGAUACCGAGGCCUGCCAUAUGCAGACCAUAACUAUGGUGCUCCUCCUCCUCCAACACCCCCAGCUUCACCACCUGCACAGACAAUAAUCGCCCGAGUUGAGUUGAAUCGAUUGCGUUGCCCGCGAUAUGAUGACAAUUCCGAGGAUAGCGACAGUUCAUCUGAGGACGAGAACCUUCCCUGGUGUCAUUGCAGCUUAACCCAGGAUGGUUUUAUUAUCACAUGCGAGAACUGCAGGGGCCUAGACAGGCGAAAGGUUAUCAGACUCCAGCGCAGGAAGCAGGAGAAUGUGUCUGUUGGAGAUAGCAGUGCAACUGAGAGUGGGGAUGAGGAGGUGUCACCAUCAACUGUGUCAUACACAGCAACGCAACACACACCGACUAGCAUCACACUCACAGUCAACCGUGUGAAGAGAACCAAGGCAAAGAAGAGGAAGAGAAGUACAGAAAAAUCAAAAAAUGCCCCCAAAGCCAAAAAAAUAAAGGCCUUUCGAGAAGGGUCCAGAAGAUCUAUGAGGAUGAAGAACUCACUGUCAGAAGCUCAUGCAUUGGAUGAAAAUACUGCAGAAGGUUGGGAGAACAGGAUUCGACUCUGGACAGAUCAAUUUGAAGAAUCUUUUGCAAAUCAAUACAGUGCAGAUGUACAGAACCUCCUGGAACUGCAUCGGUUAACCAUGAAAGACUCUGUGGGUAAAAACGUUGUGUUGGACACUAUUAAUAAAACGGAACUAGCCUGUAACAACACAGUUCUUGGCUCUCAGAUGCAGCUACAACUUGGUAAAGUCACAAGAGUUCAGCGGCAUCGCAAAAUUUUGCGAGCAGCCAGAGACCUAACACCAGACAUACUCGUUAUUGAAUACCGCGGGAAGGUGAUGCUGCGGCAACAGUUUGAAGUCAAUGGCCAUUUCUUUAAAAGACCCUAUCCCUUUGUGCUCUUCUACUCAAAAUUCAAUGAGGUGGAGAUGUGUGUUGAUGCCCGGACGUUCGGGAAUGACGCUCGGUUCAUUAGAAGGUCGUGUGCCCCCAAUGCAGAGGUACGGCACAUGAUUGCUGAUGGAAUGAUUCACCUUUGUAUAUAUGCCAUCACAAACAUCCCAAAGGACAAUGAGGUGACGAUUGGCUUUGACUAUGAAUACAGUAGCUGUAAAUAUAAGGUUGACUGUGCCUGUCACAAGGGGAACCAGAAUUGUCCUGUACAGAAACAUAACCAGGGAUCGAUGGAGCCCCCAUUAGGCGCAGAGACACGGCGGAGAAAAGCCAGGCGGAAAGAAUGGGAGAUGGAGUCUGAGCUCAAUCAGGGCUCUGAUGAAAAUAGCAGUCAGCAACAGGAGGAAGCGGCAGAACCUAAAGACCAACAGGAGUUACCUGCACAAAAUCCAGCAAGUGACAGUGAGGAAGGUCCUGGAGAAGGAGAUCAAAUAAAAGUUGAAGAAGAAAACGAAGAGUCAGAAAUGGAUGAACAACUCCGUGCCUUAGCACAGAAUAAACUGUCACGAGAGCAACGGAAGAUGGAAGCCAUCAUGCAGGUUUUUGAGAACUUAGAGAAGAGAAAGAAAAGGCGUGAACAAGUGGUUGAGCGCAGUACUAGUCACCCAGGCGACGAUGGCGAUCCGGAGACUCCGACCACAGAUGUGGAGGAGGUGAAACUGGAACCUGCAGCAGAAGAAGAACCACUGCCCAGUGAGGCAAGAACACCACAGCCUGUGCUUGCUGGGGUAAGCACACGGCAAACUUCACAGCUAGGGGAGCAAGUUCAAGAGAAGCCUGCUAAGCCUCCUGCAUCAAAACCAACCAAGCCCCGACCCAAAAAUCGUUUCUCGCGCUAUCGCUCCAGUUCAGCUCAGCGGCUACGUAGACAGCGACAAGCCAGCUGUCAGUCAGAGCCAGCACCGGUGGUAGCAGUGGAAGAGGGAGCAACAGGGACUGUGGUGACAGAAUCCAUAUCUACAGAAGGUGUACCCAGUGUAGCAGCCCCAGGAGUGGAGACCAUAUCAGAAACUACAAUUGUCUCCCAACCAAACCGAACCAAUGUCAAGUAUCCUAAAACCAAAAGAUAUUUGGUUACGGAAUGGUUGAACGACAAGGUAGAGCGAUCUGACUGCCCAUAUGACCGUCCAUUACGCAUCACAACGGAUCCUACGGUAUUGGCAACAACACUGAACAUGCUGCCAGGUCUGAGCCAUAGUCCUCAUAUUUGCACAACCCCUAAACACUACAUCCGCUUUGGCUCCCCCUUCACUCCUGAAAGAAGGAGGCAGAGAGUUGUGUGUGAUGGCAGUUACGGAUCCUGCAAGAAGCGAUGGAUGAAACAGGCAAUGGAUGAGGCCAUGGUGCAACUUCCGCUUACACCAGAUAUAGGACAAGAAACACCACCUAUAUACCACAGCAAUGACAGCAGCAAUGUGCCUGACGAAUUGGAUGACACCAAUACCUCAACAGAGUUGAUUGCACCUCUGAAGAAACGAAAGGCACGGUAUCUGUCAGACGUGAGUUUGACCGAUUUGCCAGGACUUUGUAGUCCUCUGUCAGCACCAGCAUCUGUCACGGAUACGGCCAUGUCCAGCCCAACAAUAAUGACGCCUUGCACCUUGUUUCCAGGAGAAGAGGACAAGAAAAAUGGCUAUAAUACAGUUUACUCACCCCUUCAUUCCCUUGCUGCUAGCCGAUGUAAUACUCCACUACAGUUUGAGAACAUUUCCUCUCCUGAGAGUUCCCCAGUGCAUAGGCCUGAGCCGAUUUCACCAGAGCCGCCCCUGAGAGCGGAUAAUGACCAGUCCAGGACUGGUUUUUCAGAUCUUUCUCUUCAAGCUGACCCAGAUGCCACUACUCUUCGGGUCACCGUGGUAACCGAGGUGCCACUGUCAGACUGUGCUGCUGAACUUCCAUGUCCUACAUUAACAUUCCCCAGUGAAUCUGAAACUGGGUUUACAGGAAGGAACAGCGAUGGUCCCUUGUCCCUGAAAAAUGCAGAACAAGCAUUCAGGACAGAGUUUAACUUAAUCUAUGCCUGUUCGCCUUUGAACUCCAACCUCCGAGACCUCACUCCGACACACAGGCUGGAGGGCCCUUACAGAGGACUCGAGAACAGAACCAAUUACACCAGUGACAGGAAAUCUUCACAAUCGGAGCGAGGGUUUGGUGACGCUGUGUACAUGAGUCCUUCUGGAGACUCCAGCUUUAGUAGACAAGGCCAAGGAUUCUUGCCUGAGACUCUGCCAGGAUCCAUGUCUCCUCAAGCAGAUCGGCAACCGUUUUCUGAAGGAAAUACAACACCUCAGCAAAAUCCACCACAGAAGAAAAAGGUAUCUUUGCUGGAAUAUAGAAAACGUCAACAAGAAGCGAGAGGAAGUAAUUCCAAAUCAGACUGCCUCAGCUCAGAUCUUUCCAAAACACCCAGCAACAUGGGCACUCCAACCAGACGAAAUAGCGACGGCACUUGUGCACAGUCAGCAACAAAUGGUGAUUCCACCGCCAUAUCUAGGUCACGUAGAUCAUCGUCACCCCAAAGUGGUUUUUCAUCACCAGUGCACGCUUCAGUGCCUCAGGUUGAGGAGGUCAGUCCAUCGGAUCCGGCUAGCAGCAAGAAUGCAACUCUCUCUGCAGCAGCCAGCAUUAAAAGUCGGAACAGCAUGAGUACGAGGUGGAUGGUCCCUACAUCAGUAGAACGAUUGCGAGAAGAUCGGGGAACGUUGGAACGUGUUCUUAGGAGGGUGGAAAUUGGAAGUAUGAAGCGAACAGGAGAAGAGCGAAGCACAUUGGACCGUGUUCUGAGAAGAAUAGAAACCAGUGCAGUGGACUCUGCGAGGGAGAAGGACACAGAUUCCACAGACGGUGAAGGAUCAGAGACGCAUGGCCUUGCACGCAUCAAGGGUUCCCCAAUUCAGAGUCCGCAGAGAUAUAGCCACAGUCCUUCCAGAUAUAAUCACCAGGCACAAUCUGACGGAGUCGUCCCUGAAUCUCACGUACUUCCACAACAAAGUAUGUCUCCCUACAGAACGCACAGCUCCUCGAGUGUUCCCUCGGCUCACACUCAAGGACAUGUCUACAGAUCUUCAUCCCAUUCGAUGGGGCAGAGUGGAUCCCAACAUCCGAUAGACUCCAGCUCAACAACAACUCCUGUCUCUACUCUCUACUUGAGCCCAGUUCAUUCAACGUCUGUUGAUACCUCUGUGGUCCAGUACGUUGGGAAUUCUGGAUACUACAGUGGUCAGCAGCAUUCUGGGAGUGUCUUGCAUACACUGAGUAGCACUCAACAAAAGACUAAUUCUGGAUCUACUCCUUCUACUGCUGCUAGCCCACUACAGAGCACCACAAAAAACUUAACUGACUCAACGUUGACCCCAACUCCAAGCACCAUAAACUCUACAGUUUCACAGACUGCAAAGCCAUCACAAUCAGGCUCAUGGACCUCAAGCCCGGCAGGUUCAGGGCAAGCGCUUCACUCUGGAGCUAAGAUUGGCACAGCAUCAAGUUCUCAGCACUACCGAAGAACUGGGGUAACCCAGUACCAACCUCCACAGGUCCAAGGUGCAAAUGUAAGAACGCAAUCAAGCACAUAUUAGAAGAUGGACACAGCUAUGACCAUGUUGGAGAUGUUUGCCUGGGUAUAUAACUCUUAUGUGUCCGUCUAUGCCACGGGCAUAUGGAUCUAGUGUGGCGUAAACAACUUUAUGGAACUCGAGUUCUGGUUAUUGUUGGGCCUAUAUCAGCAUUUACUAGAACAUCUUCAUACUGUACAAAUUCCUGUACAAAAACAAAAGUAAGAGUUAAGAAUUGUGUACCUAUUGGUAAGGUACAUUUUAAGCUUAUAAUUCAGAUAAAUAUUGUUUAGGCUUUUUUCCUCCAGUUUAUUUUAAAUAAACUAGUCAUGUGCAGUAAGACUUUUUUUUAUAAAAGCAAAACGAAUGCGUUUGUAGCGUCAAAAAAUAAAGACACGGAGGAAGGGGUGUUGAUAGGGUGGGGAGAAUUUGUUCAGGCACACGUUCCACGUGCCCGCUUCUCACAUGUAUACUGUAAUAUCCUGGAGUAGAAAAUUUUAUUUAUCUAAUUUUAUAUAUAACCAUUCUAGGCUAGCUAUUAUCUUACCCACACAGCGGAGUUUAAUCCACGGUGCUGCAAAGAGUUUUUAUUUUACACUUGAUGCUGUGAGUUCCCCAACGUUGAGGCGCAAGAGUGGAAGAGAAGUGUGUUUCAGUGACUGUUACAAUCUCAAGUUUUUUUUAAUUUGAAAUCUUAAAUUCAGGUCUGUGUUCAACUGAAGGGAGACGGUGAUCUCCAUUUUGAAAGAUGUAACAUGUGACAAAUACAAGUUUAAAAAAAAAAGUGAUGCAGCCUUGCUGCAUAUUGUAUAAUGAGAGUUUAAUACUGUUCUUUUAUUCAGAACACUGUAUAUACCACAGCUACUUGUUAUCCUCAGAGGAUUUAGUUGCCUGACUUUGCAUAAUGUACAUUGGUAAUUUUUUUUUGUGUAUAAUUUCCCUCGUGCACCUUUUUUCCUCUAUUUUCUUUUUGACAACAGCUUUCAAUCUACCAUUGGGCGUCUCCAUGUGCAGUCUUUUUUUCCGAUGUGCGAUGUGCAUGAGGCGAGUUUGUUCCUGAAUGUAGCUGUUGACUGAGUUGCACAUCAUUUACAAUCAAGGAGAAUUUAAAAAAAAAUACAAAAUGGAACGGUAGCCUUGCUUUCUAAACAUGUACAGUCAACCCCUCCUGUGGAGUGUACAAAAAUAAAACAGUUCAUUUCUGCAA